CACACACACACACACACACACACACACACACACAGAAAAUGAUUGUAAAAAAGAUAUACAUAAAUGUGUGUAGUUUAAUGCCAACCAAUUGUGAUUGUAUUGUUUCCCCUGUAUAACUGAAUGCAUAUCAUAUGCAUGUAUUUAUAUAUGUAUUUAAACACACAUACACACUCACGCUAUGAACACUAAAAAGAAAAAAGAAAAAAGAAAGCAAACAGUUUUAGAAUUAGACAUAGCCACUGACUUGUAACUUUUAUUCAAUCAUUGACGUAGACAAGGUAUAAGGAGUGGGGGCGUGAUUGUCGCUGAAGUUCAGCUGAGAAAGCUCAUGAUAUAGGCGAGUGAGAGACAAUAUUAUUCAAACGUAUUUCUGUCUGUCGUCGGUAACUUGUGUUCCCUGUGUUAAGAACAUCGCGACCAAGAAAUCAUGUCUACGUCAUCAUCAUCAUCAUUAAUGUCGUUGUUGAUGAACUCAGCAUCAACAACGGAAGGUUUGUUAAAUAAUGAUAUAAUUAAACAUUUUACCAAAAUAGAAGAUGAAGAAGGAAAUAGCAAAUUUGUUAUUUGCCAUGAUGGAGUCAUCUAUCCGCCAAUUCCUUCACUUUUGGAAUGUCUACCAAGAAUUUCUACAUUUAAGAAAAAAGCUGAUGAUGUUUUUAUUUGUGCAUAUCCUUACAGUGGAACUCAUUGGAUGUGGGAAGUGGCCAGUAUGAUUUUAAGGAGGAAAGCUGAAAGAAUAAGUGGUGUCAAAGAGGAAAUGAUGCUAGAAGUUAUACCGCAGCCAGGAUUGGACAACAUAGAGUCACCACGAGUGCUCAACACUCAUGUCUUGCCAAGUGUACUCCCUCCAGACAUAUUGUCUGAAGGCAAAAUUAUAUUGAUGAUGCGUAACCCCAAGGAUGUUGCUGUUUCUGCUUACAGGCAAUUAACCGGUUCACUUUAUAAUACGUAUGAAGGAAGUUUUUCAAAUUUCUUUGAGUUGUUUAUGAAGGGUCAAGUAUUUUAUGGUGACUAUUUGAAAUAUCAUUUAUCAUGGUUAAAGGCUAUUCAAGACAAACCUAAUGCAUUAAUCAUCUCUUAUGAAGAAGCUUCUCAGGACCUUGAAAAUGUUGUGUCUAAAAUCGCUAGAUUCCUUCAAGUUGAAGUGGAACCAGACCUGUGCAAAGACAUUGCUGACUUGUGCACAUUUAAGAAGAUGAAAGCUGAGAAGAAAUCUGAAAAUAUCGGACCACUUCCUACAGUUUUAUGGAAGCCAAAUAUUUCAUUUUACCGUACUGGUAAAGUUGCCACUUGGAAGAAUUGGCUUACUGUGUCACAGAGUGAAAGAUUAGAUGAACGCCUUAAUAAAGAACUGAAAGAUUAUGCCAACCUGAUCCAAUUCAGUAUCUGACCAGAAUCCAAAACUGUUUGUGUAUGUGAUUUAAGUUCUUUUGUAAAAUUCAAGACAUUUGCUUCGAUUAAUUCUGUUCCCUGGACUUGUGAAUAUGUGAGUUAGUGCAUGCAUAUGACUAGUUUUUUUCUUUGUACUGAUAUACUUGUACUCUGGUUCACAAUUGUGUGUGUGAUUGCUUUUAAUGUAUGCUUAUAAGUAUGUAAGUAUGUAUGUAUGAACACGUGUAUAUAUGUACGUAUGUACAUAUGCAAAUACUAGCUGGUGUACCCAGUAAUUCCCGGGGGUAAAGAUGUUCUAUUGAAAUGCCUUAUUACUCUGAUAUAAGAAAGCAAUUUCAUUAUAACUGCCACAAAAAGUGUAUUUUCUGUCACAAAAAAGUACAAACAACCUUCAGCUGGAGGAGGAAGAGAUUGGUGGAGGUUGGUGAGAGUGGUUUUUGGAGGUUGGUGACAACGAUUGUCGGAAGUUGGUGAGAGAGUUUAUAUAAAUAUAUGAAUGAAGUGUUUGAAGAAAGUGCAAUAAUGACGUUUACACUCACUGCUGGUUGCUCUCAGUAACUGCCUUUAGCUUACGGAGUUCUUGUUUUUAUAACUAUCAAAAAGCAGCCAGAAGGAUGGACAUAUUGAGAACAAAGGAUUUCUUUGGCGGUUGGUUAUCUCCAUUCCAGCCAGUAGAAGAGGUUAGAAGGGUCAAGUGGCAAAGACAUUAUUCUGCUUAGCGAAGGCAUCUGGGAAAUGUAUAACUGCUGUCUUUCACAGAAAGACUAUUGUUUUACCACGAGAAAAGCGCUGUUGAAGUGUUAAGUGAAAUUUGGCAAUCGUGGAUCGAAUCCACGCUAUGCCUGCAUGAAGCCACUACAAAUACGUUGUGGAAUAAAAAGUUUACCUACUGUCAUGGAAAAAGUGUAACUGUAAAAAUGCAGAAUUAUCGGAGUAAUGGGCAUUCAAAAAAGUAUGUAUGUAUAGAAAUGUAUGAAUGAAAUCCUUAAUGUUUAAGAUUCAAAUUAAGGAAGUGCAAUAAUAUUGUUUAGCAGUUCAAAACUGUGUGUAGUGAAAUGCAGAAUUAGGUUGGAUGAUCGUGAGAAUCAAAUAUUGAUCUUUUCGCUAAAAACUGCUGGUGGUAUGGGUUAUUUCCCUUGGGUUGUUUAAAUAAAAUAUUAGUAAUAUGUAGUAGAUAGAAGGAUCCAUUGGAUGAGCCCUAUUAUCGAUUUUUUUCAAAAAACUAAGUAUGUCACAAGGUUUCCAGACAUGAGUUCUACUCAUGUGUCAAAUAAAGUGAUAUUGUCUGCAAAAAAUAGAAAUUGGACACACAAAAAUUCAAUAUUCAAAGUAAUCAAACAUAAACAAUGAAAUGGAUUAUUUCCCUCGAGUAUUUAAAAAAAAUAUUGUGCAGAUGCUAUAGGUUAUUUCCCUUGGGAGUUUAAAAAAAAUAGCUAUAUGAGGUAGAUAUAAAGGUCCCUUCCAGGGGCCGUAUUAUCGAUUUUUUAACAAUCUAAGUAUGUCACGUGGUUUCAUCAAAAUCAAUAAAAUGAUGUAGGAGGAGUUAGCUAACAACACCACAAACAAGCACACACCGAUUUUCCACAUAUGUAGUAGAUAUUCACGCAUAUGUAUAAAAUUGAUGUGAGUCCUUAACAAAGAGAUGAAAUUCUUUUGUUUCAGUCAAUUUAACUUUUUGGGCUUCUGGUUACUUGCAUUGUUUGAUGUUUGCCUGUCUGUGUGCAUAUUGUUUGUGUAUGGAUACACUUGAACUCAUGGGCAUGCAUGUCAUGAUAGAACACAAGUAUAGGUUUCAUAAUUUUAUGCGUGUGUGUUUAUAUAUUAUAUAUAUUUAUAU